AUGACGUUCCAGCCCAGCAGCGUGAGCGCGCCCAGGCAGCAGAAGCCGAUCCGCGGCAGCGGGGCCGACACCUCGUCGGAGGCGCACUGCAGCACCACGUCCCGCUCGAUCUCCUGCUCGAGCUCCCGGGGCGGCUCUGCACCGAGGCCGCCCUCGUUCUGGGGACCUCGCCGCCGCCGAGCGCCGCGCCGCACGCUGGCCGAGACCCGGCGCAGCUCGAGCAGCUGCUGCAUGGCGGCGGGGCCGGCCAGGGCCCCAGGAGAAGAGAAACUGCACAAACAUACACUUUUGGAGCUCCGCGCGGAGUUCUUGGAUCCGCCGCGCUGGACCCCCCCUUUCCUGGCGCGCGGAGCGCGCCAGAGGCGGCGCCCGAAGCGACGCCAGGAAGGCGCAGCGCAGAUCCGAGACCUCUGCACGGAGCUCCGACAGUUUCUGUUUACAGCGGAGGCCAGUCCACAA